GGGGGGGGAAGGAGAGGGAGAGCCCUCGGGGCCGGGAAGCGGACCCCGCGGGGAGCCGGCGGCUGGUCGCUCGCUCUGGAGCCGGGAUCACGAUGCGCAGGAAGGGGAGGCCGAGAGGAGAGGAGAGGCUCCCGCUGCCGGCGCUGAGCCACUGACCAGGGGAGGGCCUGGCAACCCCCCUCAUACUGUCCCCCUCCUCCCCAAAGCGCUCCCCCUUCCCUCCCGGGGCACCUCCUCCCUCCAACACCCCCAGCUUUUUUGACUCUAUUUCCUUUUCACAAACUCUUUCCCGAUCCCUUUCUCCCGGUGAAGGAGGGCAGGGAGGGAGGGAGGGGGUCAUGGCGAUGGCUUCCAGCGACUGGGGAGAAUCCCGGGACGAACCCAAACUGUACCCCCACAACGGGGGCGGCGGCGGCGAGGAAUCCUCGGAGAGCCCGGCUCCAUCCUCCUCUCAGACCGGCGGCAGUGAGCCGGAGCUGGGGGACCAGGCGGUCCAGGUGGACUGUGUGGUGUGCGGGGACCGGGCCAGCGGCAAACACUACGGCCAGUUCACCUGCGAGGGAUGCAAGAGCUUCUUCAAGAGGAGUAUCCGGAGGAACCUCUCCUACACCUGCAGGUCAAACCGGGACUGUCAGAUUGACCAGCACCACAGGAACCAGUGCCAGUACUGCCGCCUCCGAAAGUGCUUCAAAGUGGGCAUGAAGCGAGAAGCAGUCCAGCGUGGCAGGAUUCCACCAGCGCAGGCCAGCCCCGGGGAGCUCUCGCUGUCUGGGGGAGACCACCUGAAUGGAGGCAAUAUCUCGGGACUUAUCUCCCUGCUGCUGAGAGCAGAGCCGUACCCCACGUCUCGCUUCAGUACCCACUGCAGCCAGUACAACCUCAUGAGCAUUGACAACAUCUGUGAGCUGGCAGCCAGGCUGCUGUUCAGCGCCGUGGAGUGGGCCAGGAACGUCCCGUUCUUCCAUGAGCUACAGAUCUCCGACCAGGUGGCACUGCUGCGGCUGAGCUGGAGUGAGCUGUUUGUGUUGAAUGCUGCCCAGUCGUCCCUCCCCCUUCACAUGGCUCCCCUCCUGGCAGCCGCUGGCCUCCACUCCACGCAGAUGUCUGCGGAUCGAGUGGUUAGCUUCAUGGACCAGAUCCGAAUCUUCCAGGACCAGGUGGAGAAGCUCAAGGUUUUGCAGGUCGACUCUGCAGAGUACAGUUGCCUGAAGGCCAUUGCCCUGUACACGCCAGACGCCUCCGGUCUCUCCGAGCCUGCACACAUUGAGAGCUUGCAGGAGAAGGUUCAGGAGUCGCUGGCUGAGUAUGUACGAUGUCAGUACCCUCCGCAGCCCCAGCGCUUUGGUAAGCUGCUCUUACGACUCCCGGCAUUACGGGCAGUGCCGGCCUCCCUCAUUGGACAACUCUUCUUCAUGAGGCUGGUGGGCAAGACACCCAUCGAGACCCUAAUCAGAGACAUGCUCCUGUCUGGAGGUUCCUUCAACUGGCCUUACAUGCCAACUCAAUGAUGAGCCUGAUUCCUAACGGGCUCCAACUAGACUGUUACUGGGCGCUGCCAAGUAUGCCAUCUAGCAUACGUGAGAUUAAACUGGAUCAAUUGACUUCAGGCACUAACUAGAUCCUGGGAUGCAGUAUUUAAAUGAGUACUUUGCUUUUUUUUUGUUUGCGAAAAGACAUUACGCCAAAAUGUGAUAAUGUUUCAUGGAAUAGUCGCUGUUCCUGGAUGAUGAGAUGUUACAGGCAGAGGUGCUUGUGAAUUGUGUGCCCCCCCCCCCCGGCCGCCCCAUACCCACACCAACCCCAGGUUGGGAUGAGGGAAAUAUUCAGCCUGAAGACUGUCCUCUGGCUUCAGGAGAAGGUAUCCAGACCCAAUUGAGUGUAGGAUUGACCCCGGCGCUGUCUACCCAAGUCACCGUCUUCCUUCACUCAUGAGGAUUGGUUGAGUGGACAGAGGUCCUGGAGGCUCCUGAUCCAAAAUGAGAGAACCACUGGGAAGGUAGAGGCAUCAGAUUUCAUGCAGCGAUUUGAUUUAACAAAUGGGCAAGUCUCGCCUUCAGUGGAAUCACAUAAUUAAGAAGUUCUGGCUGCAUGUUAAAGAAGUGGGCAGUGUUUGGUUGUGCACACGUUUGGUGACGUUUGAGAGCAGUGUUGGAAGGGGACUAGAUUACUCAGUCUUUAAUUCAUAACGCACUCCAAGGUGGAGGAUGUCACAUUGUCACUUCCCUCCUCAUUGUCCCAACCUGCCCCUGCCAACCUUGAGGAGCACUUCACAAUUCCCACGUACACACCCAGACAUUAGAAGAAGGAAACAAAGGAUUGAGAUUGCAGCAUUGUUUAAAAAGCAAUUGGAGAAGUAUUUCAAAAUGAAAGCAAUGCUAAGGAAGAAGCAAUGAAAUAGAUUCACAUUAAGACCCCAUACUAGUCAGUUGAGGUGGGAAGGAUGCCUAUUUUUUCUGUGCUGUAAUAUUUCAGAAUUCUGGUCAAAUUGCUUGCAUCUCCUACAGCUCACAUCCUCCUGAAGCUCCUUUCAGAGUCACCUUUCAAAAUCUAGUCCUGAUAUUGAACAAUAGCAUCAUAUUCAUUGUGAGUGUAUCCUUUAACUGUACCUUCUAGUUUGUGUGACAUAGCCUCCUGAUUUAACUGACUGUCU